GUGGCCAAAGCAGCAAAGAUGGCGGACUCGUCGGGGACCGAGCUGUCAGAGGAGAAAGAUGCAGACAUUGAGCACCAGAAAAGGCCGAAACGGCCGUGGGAGGAUUUACACAAGUCGGGCAAAAUUGGCCUGACUCCGCCGCUGCCAGAAACGUUGGGGGUUUACGACAUUAGCGCUGUCAGGAGGCGGGAGCAGCAGCGGGAGCUGACAGCAGAUCCGUCGUUGUCACGGUUUAUAUGCACAGAGCUCACCAGAGGAUACUUCCUGGAACACAAUGAGGCGCAGUACACCGAGCGCAGAGAGAGGGUGUACACGUGCAUGCGUAUUCCCAAGGAACUGGAGAAGCUGAUGAUCUUUGGCUUAUUCCUGUGUGUCGACGCCUUCCUGUACCUGUUCACCCUGCUGCCCCUCAGGGUGCUGCUGGCCCUGCUCCGCCUCCUCACCCUGCCGUGCUGUGGCAUCAGGGCACACACAUGCCCCUACUGCAGAAGAAGCAGUGGGUCACGGCUGCUGCAGCCGGCGCAGGUGUGCGACAUGCUGAAGGGGCUCAUCCUGGUGUUGACCCUCUCCAUGAUGCAUUAUGUCGAUUACUCCAUGAUGUACCACCUCAUCAGGGGACAGUCUGUCAUCAAACUCUACCUCAUCUUCAACAUGUUGGAGGUGGCAGAUCGCCUCUUCUCCUCCUUUGGUCAAGACAUCCUGGACGCCCUCUACUGGACGGCCACCGAACCCAAAGAAAGGAAAAGAGACAGUAUAGGAGUCAUCCCUCAUUUCUUCAUGGCUCUGUUUUAUGUCUUCCUCCAUGCCAUUCUCAUCAUGGUCCAAGCCUCCACGCUCAACGUCGCCUUCAACUCCCACAACAAGUCCUUGCUCACCAUCAUGAUGUCUAACAAUUUUGUGGAGAUCAAAGGAAGUGUGUUUAAGAAAUUCGAAAAGAACAACUUGUUCCAAAUGUCCAACAGUGAUAUCAAAGAGCGGUUCACCAGCUACGUUCUCAUGCUCAUUGUGUGUCUCAGGAAUAUGGAGCAGUUCUCAUGGAACACAGAUCACCUGUGGGUGUUGCUCCACGACGUCUUCAUGGUCGUCGCCUCGGAAAUAGUCGUCGACAUCAUUAAGCACGCUUUCAUCACAAAGUUCAACGACAUCCCUGCCGCCGUGUACAGCGAAUACCGAGCCAGUUUGGCCUUCGAUCUCAUCAGCAGUCGACAGAAAGAUGCUUAUACUGACUACAGUGAUUCAUUUGCCCGGAAGAUGGGUUUCAUCCCUCUGCCUUUGGCCGCUAUGCUUAUCCGAGUGGUGACGAGUUCAGUGAAGGUGCAGGGAGCGCUGUCGUACACGUGUGUGUUCCUCUUUUAUCUCGGGCUGGUGACACUGCAAGUGCUGAACAGCAUCGUGCUGCUGGGGAAAUCGUGUGUUUACAUCAAGAGAGCCAACAUGGAGGACAAACUCUUUGAGGAGCCCGGUGCCACGGCGUCGUCCUCCGCACAGAGCCCCGGCGACGCUGAGCAGGCCACGUGUCCCACGCCUCCAGAUGAACCUGACGUGGAACAGGUCCUCACCACGCCCAGCAGUCCUCCAUCGUCCUUCUCUCCCUCCUCCACCUCCUCCACCUCUGUGACGACACAGCCAACUCCAAGGACUGACUUGCUUCUUACGCCACCCACUGAUGCUGCUGCUGCUGCUGCUGCUGCUGCUGCUGCAGCACCACCACCAGCAGACGUCCCUCCAUCUCCACCACCUGACGCUGAACACCCUGCAGCUUCACUCUGCAAAAAAGAAAAGGACAUGGAGGAGGAGGAGGAGUCGGAGGAGUCGGAGGAGGAAAAAGAGACGCAAACAGCCACAGAGCUGAAGCGUAGGACUCCCAAAAAAGACUUGUUAGAGAUUGACCGUUUCACAAUCUGUGGCAACCGCAUUGACUGAGCAGCAGCAGCAGCAGCAGCGGCAGCAGCAGCUGCUCCUGUGGAUUGUGGAAAUUAACCUCUCAGGAAAGACAGACAGACAGACAGACAGACAGAAAAGGCCUCUCAGCCCAGCUCUCCAGGCCAACAGCCGCAGAAAGCCGAGUAUUUAUUCGAGUCAGUGGUGACACAGUAAGUUAUUGUGAGUAAGGACACAGUCUAAGAGGACCCUGCUGAUGUGGAAGCCUGAAGUUUUAUAUAAGAAUACUUCAGCAGGAUUUAACAGCAGGAGUGAAACAGUGUGAGUUGUCAGGAUGAAGUGUGUGUGUGUGUGUGUGUGUGUGUGUGUGUGUGUGUGUAUAGGUGUUAGGAUUGUUCAGUGUUUAGAGUGUGAGUGUGUGAUAUAGCGUAUGUGUGAGCACACAAGCACUUCCCCGGGUUAGCAGCGCUGCGAGCAUGAGGAGAGACGUUUCUCAGUUUGCCCGGCAGCCAGAAAGUACAAUCAUUUCCAAACUACUGCAUCAAGCUAAUCCUGGGCUUAUUUAUACUUGCAUCAAGUGUCUCCUUUGUCCUGUGUGAAAAAUGAUUAGCAUUUUUUUGGACUGCGGUGCUUUAGGGCCGUGCUCCUGUGGCGUCCGUCGUUACUAAGCAACUGAAACCUGGGCGCUGCUGAGACGACCAUCAGUAAAACCAACACAUGAAAACAAAGGCGUGUCUAAUCGAUACAGUGUCUUUGCUGCUCAAUGAGUUUGCCAACUUGUCCAGGAGCUUCAUCUCGAAGAUCACAUCAUUCACCUGUCCCCAUUCACAUGUCCUCAUCAUUCACCUGUCCUCAUCAUUCACCUGUCCUCAUCAUUCACCUGUUCUAAUCAUACACCUGUUCACAUCAUUCACCUGUCCUCAUCAUUCACCUGUCCUCAUCAUUCACCUGUCCUCAUCAUUCUACUGUCAUCAUCAUUGUUAGAGAUUGACCGUUUUCUCACCAAUUCUCACCUGUCCUCAUCAUUCACUUGUCCUCAUCAUUUACCUGUCCUCAUCAUUCACCUGUCAUCAUUCACCUGUCCUCAUCAUUCACCUGUCAUCAUUCACCUGUCCUCAUCAUUCACCUGUCAUCAUCAUUGUUAGAGAUUGACCGUUUUCUCACGAAUUCUCACCUGUCCUCAUCAUUCACCUGUCCUCAUCAUUCACCUGUCCUCAUCAUUCUACUGUCAUCAUCAUUGUUAGAGAUUGACCGUUUUCUCACGAAUUCUCACCUGUCCUCAUCAUUCACUUGUCCUCAUCAUUCACCUGUCCUCAUCAUUCACCUGUCAUCAUUCACCUGUCCUCAUCAUUCACCUGUCAUCAUCAUUGUUAGAGAUUGACCGUUUUCUCACGAAUUCUCACCUGUCCUCAUCAUUCACCUGUCCUCAUUCACCUGCCCUCAUUCACCUGUCCUCAUCAUUCACCUGUCCUCAUUCACCUGCCCUCAUUCACCUGUCCUCAUCAUUCACCUGUCCUCAUUCACCUGCCCUCAUUCACCUGUCCUCAUCAUUCACCUGCCCUCAUUCACCUGUCCUCAUCAUUCACCUGUCCUCAUUAUUCAACUGUCCUCAUCAUUCACCUGUCCUCAUCAUCAGAAACCUGGGAGCUGCUGAGACGACCGACCCCCCCCCCCCCCGCCCUCAGUAAAAACCGGUGUCUUAUCAGCAGAGAAUCUUUCAUCUCGAUGAUGAAUGUACAGAGUUCAUUUCAGAGUCAACAAACGCCAGUUUAUUUGGCCCGAGUAUAAAAAGACACGUUGAAAGAGUUCCUUUGUCCACCCAGAACACACCCAGAAAAACCAAGCACAUCCGACUGCAGACAGACAGCAGGCACUUAGGAAAACACGUCCGUGUAAAGUCACAAACGUAGAGCGCUAGGGUCAGGGUUACAAAUGCACGUCGCAUACGGCAUUGCUCUCGGGGGAAAAGACGAUGCACGUGAACCUUCAGACUUCAGACAGAAUCUGUGGUCUCCAGCUCCGGGUUUUCUCCCCUACAAGUGAUUUUUAGAUAAAUGUGGUCAAUCACGUGGUGAUUAAUGAGAAUACUUUUACUUUCUCUAUCCACGCGAUCAUUUCUCCCAAAGUUCUUCAACUGACACACAUAUGAUGAUGGUGUUAAAGGCGUCAACAGAUGUUUGAGCAAACAGUCGUACACUGGUGAUAAUACAGCGUCUUUACAUUGUGCUACUUCAAAUUAAACCGAAGAGUUCACUCCUGGGUGAGUGCGACUAGUUUGCAUUUUAAAAAUGAAAUGGGUUGUUAUUUUUUUUUUACAUGAUUAAUACACAACUUCACAUGCUCUAAAUGAGUAAAUAAGUUUAAUGUUCCAUUACCUUUGGUCUGUAGAGCCUUAUGUUUGCACUGGUGGACCGCGUUGUCUUAAAUAAGGUCACAUUUCUCAUAAUGUUCUAAUGUUUACAUCUGUAGAAAAAAAGAAAGAAGCAAUAUUUCUGUGACAAAAUGCCUUUUUUUUCAUAUUAUGCAUGAUAUGAAAAUGAUUUUGUUGACUAAUGUGAAUUAUUAUUAUUUUGUUUAUUUGGUUUGAUUUAAAAUGGCCUUUUAAUGCAAAGAAGAAUCUACUGUAUAUAACAGAGCAGUACUUUGAUUUUGUUUUUAACCGAGUGUUUAAUGACUUUAUAUUAUGUAUUAUUCCCGACGUUAUAUAUGAAUAUAUCAGAGAGCUAUAAUCAAAAGUCAUUAAUAUGCUGUAGCUGCACCAAAUAUUUCUAAUGUACAGUAUAAUGUCAAAAAAAAGAAGAACGGUACGUUACAGUGACGAUCGCUCCCUGAUUUCUUGCCGUUUAUAUAUUGUUUUUUAUUAUUAAACUCAAAUAUAUUUGACUGGUACUAUAAUAAUAAUAAUAAUAACUCUGAAAAUGAUCUGUGAAAUUAAAAGGAACUUUUCUGCCUGGUGAUACGUGAAGCAUAUGAAAAGCAGAAAGACGACAUAUGUUUGUAAAUAGUGUUUACACGUUAAAAUGUGGAAAACAGCUCUUUGUAAUAAUGGAGAUUCUUCUGUUUUUGGUGCAUGAAAGCUGUUGUUGGUCCUACAUUUGUUUUUUUGUCACAUGUCUCAUAUUCACUGGCGUGAGCUCUGCUUUCUUUCGCCGCCUCAUUGGUCCCAGAACCAUAAACUGGGUCCAGCUGAGCUUCGCUGGGCUAAUGGAGACGAGACAAAAGUGUCCUUGACGGUCCAGUACACUGCCUUGCUGUGUUUCAUCCCUUUUGUUUCUUAUUUAAUUGUAUGAAAAUGCUUUUGUUUGGUUGUUAAUAAAAAGUUGUUUUUUAA